AUGAUUGGGCAGAUUUGGUCUGGAAUAGAUGCCCAAGUGUUGCGAAAUGGUUUCAGAAAAUCUGGUAUUUACCCAGUAAACCGUGAUGAAGUAAAUAAAGACAAAUUUGAUAUGUUGAAACUAAUACAAUGGGAUGAAAUAUUUCUGCAGCAGAGAAAUAAGGAACAUGUUUUAACAGAAGAACAACAAGGCACUGGGCGAAAUCCAAAAUCUUUAGUGUCAAUUUUACUUGAUUUUUUUAAUAUAAAGUUGAAGGAUAGUGCAGAUGAAUUCAAUAGUCGCAACACACCGCCAGAAAUAUCUGUACAGAACCAUAUUUAA